GGCUGUAGUUCGAGGGACCAGAGCUUGAGCUUAAGUAUUUCAGAAGGCCGCCAUAAUUCGUAAGAGGCUCUGGUUAAUAAUAUUCACUGAGCGCAACGUAAGUCAUACAUUGAACGAUCAAAUCAAACCAGCCUAUAAAUUGGCACAACCGGAGCCACCUGUACCUGGAAUCUCGUCAUGGUGCCACGUCCACGGAGCAGUGAUGACUUUCGGUUUGCCAUCAUUUGCGCACUGCCAUCCGAGUACGAUGCCGUCUACGAUUCCCUCGAUGACAUUUGGGACAAGGAUGAGGGUUUAGGCACGGCUACUGGCGACCCGCGUAUUUAUACUACGGGGCGAAUAGGAAAUUUACCUGUUGUUCUUGUCCUAUUGCCAGGGAUUGGCAAAAGGGAGGCGGCGAGCGGCGCUGUAGAGCUGCGUAUGAGCUACCGCAAUCUGGCUAUCGCUUUUUUGGUUGGAAUCUGCGGUGCUGUACCAAAACCUCACAUUGGGACUGAGAUCUUGCUCGGAGACAUUAUCAUCAGCAGAUCCCUGGUGCAAUACGACUUUGGCCGGCAAAACCCCAAUGGAUUUGAGCGAAAGAAUAAUGUCGAUGCUGCACUGGGCAGGCCUAAUAAGAAGAUUCGCGCUUUAACCGCGUUGCUCGGUACUCGCCCAGGCCGUGAUGAGCUCGAAGGCAGCGCCCUGGAAUACCUACAACAGCUUCAGACAAAGAUGGCCAGCACUAAGCACCGAGGCAUAUACGACUACGUAGGAAUUGCACAUGACCAACUCUUUAAUUCAAAGUAUCGGCACAAACAUCGAACCGAAGCCUGUGACAUUUGUCAAGCUUGUCUCACUGACAAUGAUCCGGUCUGCAGCGAGGCGGCUGAACGAACAUGCAUAGAACUUGGAUGUAGCGAGGGAGAAUUAGUUAAUCGAACUCAACUGCAGCAAAGACAGCAAGACGCCAUUGAUGCAGCUCCAGCUCUAAAUGUGCAUAUAGGGACGUUUGGAUCAGCCGACACCGUGAUGCGAUCAGCACAAUCACGUGACAUCAUUGCGAAGAGAGAGAAGGUGAUUGCAUUCGAGAUGGAAGGCGCCGGCGUGUGGGACGAGAUACCCUGUAUUAUCGUCAAGGGAGCUAGCGAUUAUGCCGACUCACAUAAACACAAAAAGUGGCAAGAUUAUGCGGCUGGGGUGGCGGCAUCGACAGUAAAAGCCAUACUUGGAAGUUAUUUCCAGGAAGCACAAGAAAAGAAAACAACCCCCAGCGGUAAACCUAGGCGGUUCGCUCGCAGCAUUCGCUGUUACAAAUGCCUUGAAUUUGGACAUUACGCAAGCGCGCCUCACUGCUUUAUAUGUGGAGAAUAUGGGCAUGGUGCAUACGACCUUCACUGUCGUAAAUGUGAUGGAUUUGGACAUUAUGAUGAUGAGCCUCACUGCUAUAAGUGUGGUGAAGUUGGAUUUUACAACAAUAAGUCUCACUGUUAUUAUUGCCAUGAAUUUGGGCAUUAUGCCAAAAACUGCCCAAUGCGAUAACUAGUAACUUUUAUUUCACCUCAAUCGGUAGUUUACGCUUGAGAACAUGACUGCAUUUAGCAAUUUGUCAGUGGAUAAGUCAUUUUAGACUAUAUACUAGAGCGACAGUUUAAUAAAACUCGAUAGAUUACGGG